AUGGCGGGUCGGAUCCAAUCCCACCAGCUGCCCAAUGGACUCUACGUUUCGGGGAAGCUCGAGCAGCCAAAAGAGCGGCCACCGACAAUGGCGGCUCGAGCUGUGCCUUACACGGGAGGCGACAUCAAGAAAUCCGGCGAGCUCGGGAGGAUGUUUGACAUCUCCACCGCCGAUCCCUCCUCUUUCCAAGGACCGCCGCCGCUCAUCGUCGGUGGAAACAGCAGCGGCGGAAACUCGAGGCAGCAAGCGCCGCCACGUGUCUCCGGCUCGUCUUCGAACCCUAACAGUGGAUCCGUUCGAUCCGGACCCAACUCCGGCUCCGUCAAGAAAUUCUCCGGUCCGCUCUCUCAGCUUCAGCCGACCGGUUUAAUAACCUCCGGUUCGCUCGGUUCGUCAGGUCCGAUUGGGUCCGGGUCUAGGAGGUCGGGUCAACUGGACCACCAAGUGAGUAAUCUGGGUUCGAGCAAGCCUAAAUACGGAACGUCGGUGACGAGCCUGAACACGGACCCGGUCCGGGUCGGGUUUAAAGUUCCCAAGGCGGUUGUCUGGGCGGUUCUGAUCGUGGCGGCGAUGGGUUUGCUCGUGGGAGCGUUUCUAACAGUGGCGGUGAAGAAACCGGUGGUGAUUGCGGCGGUUAUAGCUGCUGUUAUCCCCGCCGUCGUGGUUCUGGUGUGGAAUUGCGUUUGGGGAAGAAAAGGAUUGUUGAGCUUCAUCAAAAAGUAUCCAGAUGCUGAGCUUAGAGGCGCCAUUGAUGGACAAUUCGUCAAGGUUACAGGAGUUGUAACAUGUGGAAGCAUUCCUCUGGAGUCUUCAUACCAAAGAACACCAAGAUGCGUUUACGUCUCCACGGAACUGUACGAGUACAAAGGUCUUGGUGGCAAGUCUGCAAACCCGAAGCAUCGAUGCUUUUCUUGGGGAUCUAGACAUGCAGAGAAAUACGUUUCGGAUUUCUACAUAUCAGAUUUCCAAUCUGGAUUGAGGGCGCUAGUGAAAGCAGGAUAUGGAUCAAAAGUUUCACCGUUUGUGAAACCGGCGACAGUGGCUAAUGUAACGACGCAGAACAAAGAUUUAUCUCCGAGCUUCCUAAAGUGGCUCUCGGAUCGCAACCUCUCAGCUGAUAACCGUGUCAUGCGUCUCAAAGAAGGAUUCAUAAAAGAAGGAAGCACGGUGAGCGUAAUGGGAAUGGUGAGAAGACACGACAACGUUCUGAUGAUAGUUCCUCCGGCGGAAGCAGUCUCAAGUGGCUGCCGGUGGUGGCGCUGCCUCCUUCCGACAUACGCAGAUGGACUAAUCAUCACUUGUGACGAUAAUCAAAACGCUGAUGUCAUUCCUGUCUGA